UUGAAAACAGUGUCGUGUAAGAGGUACAAAAUUUUAGUUUUACACAAAUAAAUAAAUAAAAAGGUUGGACGGAAAAAAGAGCGGAAUGGCACCGUGUAAACCAAUUUACAAUAUACAAAAAGUAGAGAGCAUUACAAUCAAUGGCUACCUAAACUUCUUGAACGAAUACAAAAAGCGAUUCUGCGGAAUUUCUCCACAGGACGUCAUACGUUUCGGAGCUAGAGAAUGGAACAAGUUGGCCCUCCAGGAAAAGGAACGGUUUACAAAUAUGAAAGAACCUGGGGACGUUAUGAAAAGUGCACUUCAAGUGUUUGAGAGUCAGUCCCAUGGGGACAGUCCCCAUCAAUCUGAACGUAGUCCAGUUCGAUCUCCUUAUGCCCGUGAGAGGAAUUCCAGGAAAAGAAAGAAGAGGAAGCUAUCCAAAUCAAUCAAAAACCAAGUCAAGAAGAAGGCCGGACCUCCUACUUUUCUGCCAAAGAAACGCGGCUUUAUACCCUUCAUGCGCAAGUUUCAAAGGAUUAAUAAGGACUUGCCGCCCAACGAUCUCUUGAAAGAGGCAACUCGUAUUUGGUGCCGUCUGCAUGGAAGUCAUAAAAAAAAUGUUGAGAGGCCACUUUGAAUUGUGAGAACUGAAUAGGAAACACUUUUAAAUUUUAGUGUAAAUAUAUGGGUAUUUCCAGGAGACUUUUAAAAUAAAAC